UUUUGUAGGAUUUCGAAUGUGAAAUAAUCUUCAGGUAUCACCUCAGAAGACAGAAACCCGCUCUGUGUCCUUCAGUGUGGUUUCUCCUGUUGUGUGUUCAAAUCCUGCAGCCAUCCAUCAACGUCUGCUCAAGCAAGCCCCUCCCUUCGCUGGCCGUGCGCGCAUGCGCACGACCCGCCUGCCAGAGAGCUGUCCGCAGACGUUCGGUGCUGGAAGUCUUUGGACCGGGCGCGAUGGAGGAAGAACUGAAAUGUCCGGUGUGCGGCUCCCUGUUUAAGGAGCCGGUCCUGCUGCCCUGCUCCCACAACGUUUGCCUGCAGUGCGCGCGCAGUAUCAGCGUGCACACGCCGGACGGGGAGCCCGCCGCGGCCGUGCAGCAGAGCCGCGCGUCGGCGGUCAGCUCGGAGUACGACUACCUGGACGUGGACAAGAUGAGCCUAUACAGCGAGACGGACAGCGGCUACGGCUCUUACACGCCGUGCCAGCUCAAGUCGCCCAACGGCGUGCGGGUGUUCCCCGCCCCGCAGCACCCCCACCAGCAGCAGCAGCGGCUGUGCUCGCUCACCUGCCCGCUUUGCCAUCGCAGCGUCUCCCUGGACGAGCGAGGGCUGCGCGGCUUGCCUCGCAACCGGCUCCUGGAGGCCAUCGUGGCGCGGUACCGGCAGCACCGCGCCGCCUCUGCCUCCGCCGCCUCGGGGGCGGCGGCCAAGUGUCAGCUGUGUGACCGCAACCCGGUGGACGCGGCGGUCAUGUGCGAGCAAUGUGACGUGUUUUACUGCAACGCCUGCCAGCAGCGGUGCCACCCGUCCCGCGGCCCGCUCGCCAAGCACCGUUUGGUCCCGCCGCCUCAGCAGCGGCCGGGCCAGGCGGCCUCCUGCGCGGCCGCGGGACAGCCGCCGGCUACCGCGCGGAAGCCGGCGACGUGCGCGGAACACGAAGCGGAGAACUUCGUCAUGUACUGCUGCAACUGCCGGGCGCCCGUGUGCGCAAAGUGCGCCGAGGAGGGACGGCACGCAAAACACGACGUCAAGCCCAUCGCCCUCAUGUGGAAGCAGCACAAGUGUCAACUCUCGCAGGCCCUCAACGGCGUCUCGGACAAAGCCAAAGACGCCAAAGAAUUUCUGGUUCAACUCAAGAACAUGCUGCAGCAGAUCCAGGAGAACGGCGUGGAGUUCGAGGCUUGCCUGGUGGCUCAGUGUGACUCGCUGAUCGAGGCGCUGACCCGACAGAAAGCCAAACUCCUGACAAAGGUCACCAAGGAGAAGGAAUACAAGCUGAAGGUGGCGCGCGACCAGAUCACCCACUGCACCAUGAAGCUGCGGCAGACCACGGGCAUGAUGGAGUACUGUCUGGAGGUCCUCAAGGAGAACGACCCCAGUGGCUUCCUCCAGAUUUCGGAUGCUCUGAUCAAGCGCGUGGCGUCGUCGCAGGACCAGUGGGUCAAAGGCAACCUGGAGGCCAAGGUGGGCCCCGAGUUUCAGCUCACGCUCAACACCGACACGCUCCUGCAGACCAUCCUGCAGCUGGAUUUCUGCCAGGGCAAAGACGUGCAGGACGGCCCCUUAUUGAAACAAAUGCAGCGGCAGGCAGCGGACAGUGCUGGAGCUGAUGCCGACGCACAAAGUCCAGGAGUGGAGUCGGGACCCUUGGUGCCGCCGGCUCCCCUCCUGCAGCUGGAGAAGUGCUGCAGCGGCAACAACAGUGCCACCCUGGCUUGGAGGGUCGCCGGGCCCCAAGCGGCGCCCAUCGAGGGCUACAUUCUGGAGCUGGACGACGGCAACGGGGGACAGUACAGGGAGGUGUACGUGGGUAAGGAGACGGUGUGCACAGUGGACGGCCUCCACUUCAACAGCGUGUACAACACCAGAGUGAAGGCCUACAACGCCGUCGGCGUGGGGCCCUACAGCAAGACCGUGGUGCUCAAGACCUCCGACGUGGCUUGUUUCGCCUUUGACCCUACCUCGGCUCACCGGGACAUUGUCCUGACCAACGAGAACCAGACGGUGUCGUGUAACAGCUACGACGACCGCGUGGUGCUCGGGACCGCCGCCUUCUCCAAGGGCAUCCACUACUGGGAGGUGUGCAUUGAUCGCUACGACAACCACCCAGACCCCGCGUUUGGCAUCGCCCGCAUCAACACGGUCAAGGACAUGAUGCUGGGCAAGGAUGACAAAGCCUGGGCCAUGUAUGUGGACAACAACCGCUCCUGGUUCAUGCACAACAACUCACACACCAACAGGGCAGAGGGUGGCAUCACUAAGGGCUCGGCGGUGGGCAUCCUCCUGGAUCUGACCAAGCACACCCUGACAUUCUUCAUCAACAAGGAACAACACGGACCGACGGCCUUCGAGAACCUGGACGGCGUCUUUGUACCCGCCGUCAGCCUCAACAGAAAUGUCCAGGUGACCUUAGUGACGGGCCUGGAGGUGCCGAGGGACCUCAAACAGUAGACGACGCCUCCGCUGAGGGCCCCCUACGUACACGCCAACGAUGUCGACGGCGCGGUCGUCUCGAGGUUUUCCCGACGCGUCUGCGUCAUCGCCUCUCAUAGAGUAUUGUCGAUGUAAUUUCAAGUCUGCGCUCCGUCAGCCACACCUUAACGCGGGCGGUUUCCUUGCACUCGUCGGAAGGCCACGCGCACAAUUAAGCAGACUGCAGGGCUACAUUUUCUUGGGGGGGUCUUUUUGCAUCCAGAUCCGACAACGCGGUGCCUUGAGCAAGCAAACAUACGAGAAAAGCAUUUUAAAGGUGACGGCGGCGAAGGCUUUCGUCGGCGUUCAAACAGCGACUCGAGUCGUCGCCGCCGUAAAAUAUUCACGGGCUCAACUGCGGCCGCGCUGUCACUUUUGUCUUCGUGAGGCCGCAGGGAGGCCGUUUGUGCUUAGUGCCGUGUCAUUUUCCUGCCACGGGAUGACAAAUUACAACCUUUAUUUUCGAUUUCGUCAAC